AUCUCUUACUUCGGUGCUCCGUCUUUGGCUCAGGAAAAUCUCUAUCCUUUCCUGAGGAGAAAAUGUCCAGUCAAUUUGAGCAUCCAGCUGGUGGAUACAAGAAGCUCUUUGAGACUGUAGAAGAACUGUCUUCACCAAUAACUGCUCAUGUUACAGGUAAGAUUCCAGUUUGGCUGAAAGGCAGUCUGCUCAGAUGUGGGCCUGGUUUAUUUGAAGUUGGAUCAGAACCGUUUUAUCAUUUGUUUGAUGGCCAAGCACUUCUUCACAAGUUUGACUUCAAGGAAGGCCAUGUUACUUAUUACAGGAGGUUUAUUCGGACUGAUGCCUAUGUAAGAGCAAUGACUGAAAAGAGAAUAGUAAUCACAGAAUUUGGAACAUAUGCAUACCCAGAUCCAUGCAAAAAUAUAUUUUCCAGAUUUUUUUCAUACUUCCAAGGUGUGGAGAUCACUGACAAUGCCUUGGUGAAUGUGUAUCCUGUGGGAGAAGAUUUUUAUGCCUGUACUGAGACAAACUUCCUAACAAAAAUCAACACAGAAAAUCUGGAAACGAUUAAAAAGGUGGAUAUCAGCAAAUAUAUUUCAGUCAAUGGGGUCACAGCACACCCCCACAUUGAAAAUGAUGGAACAGUUUAUAAUAUUGGCAACUGCUUCGGAAAGAAUUUGUGUUUUGCCUAUAAUAUCGUAAGGAUACCUCCCCUCCAAGCAGAUAAGAAAGAUCCAAUGACAAAAUGCGAACUGGUGGUUCAGUUUCCCUGUAGUGAAAGAUUCAAGCCGUCUUAUGUGCACAGUUUUGGACUAACUCCAAAUUACAUCGUGUUUGUAGAAACUCCAGUGAAAAUUAAUUUGUUCAAGUUUCUUUCUUCCUGGAGUCUUUGGGGAACCAACUACAUGGACUGUUUUGAGUCAAAUGAAAAGAUGGGGGUAUGGAUGCAUGUUGCUGACAAGAAAAAAGGGGAGUACCUCAACAUCAAAUACAGAACUUCACCUUUUAAUCUGUUCCAUCAUAUUAAUACUUAUGAGGAUAAUGGAUUUCUUGUUGUGGAUUUAUGUACAUGGAAAGGAUAUGAAUUUGUUUACAAUUACUUAUACUUAGCCAAUUUACGAGAAAACUGGGAAGAAGUGAAGAAAAAUGCACAAAAAGCUCCUCAACCUGAAGUUCGACGGUAUGUCCUUCCCUUAAAUAUUGAGACGGCUGAUACAGGAAAAAAUCUAAUUACAUUACCUAAUACAACAGCAACAGCAAUUCUGCACAGUGAUGAUACCAUUUGGCUGGAUCCAGAAGUUAUUUUUUCAGGGCCACGACAAGCUUUUGAAUUUCCACAAAUAAACUAUGCAAAAUAUGCCGGGAAACCUUAUACAUAUGCAUAUGGUCUUGGACUGAAUCAUUUUGUUCCAGACAGACUUUGCAAAAUGAAUGUUAAAACUAGAGAGACAUGGGUAUGGCAAGAACCAGAUGCAUAUCCCUCUGAACCAAUCUUUGUUUCUCACCCUGAAGCUAUAGAAGAGGAUGAUGGUAUUAUCCUGAGCAUAGUCAUCAGUCCUGGCUGUGGACCAAAGCCUGCCUACCUUUUGAUCUUGAAUUCAAAGAAUAUGAGUGAGGUUGCCAGGGCACAAGUGGACAUAAAUAUCCCAGUUACUUUCCAUGGACUCUUCAAAAGAGCAUGAUGUCUGUCUUGAAUAUACCUCAGUCUUUCUUUUUAAUGCAAUGUGCAGAACAACAUAAAGCAUUCUUCUAAUUAUCUGCCAGUGAUUUGCAAAAUUUAAAUUAACAAUUUAUUAACAAUUUAAAUAUUUUAAUACUUAAGGAAGUAUCCAUUCUUAAGACUGCUUCCACGACUGUAAUGUACCAUAAAUAAGGAUAAUUAAAAGCUGUUAGUACUGUAGAUGCUGAUGAACAGCAUCAGCAUUAUAAUUUCAGCAAACUUCAGAAAAACAUUUACAAUUUAAAACUGUUAAAAUUGUUCGGUAAUGGAACAUAGGUGAAACACUAUGCCUUGAAUUCUGGCAGAUUAAGUAGUGAACAAUGAGAAAUACGUAUUUAGCAAAUUAUUAGUUUGGAAACAACUUUAGAUUUCUCCUUAUAUUUUAAUAUUUGAACAUAAAUUAUUUUUAAAAAUUAAAAUGAAAUAAUUUUCAUAUUUGCCACUUAUCAGAGAAAAUGAUACUUUGAAUUUGAUGUCUCUGACACCUUACACAUCGUUAUUUUACAAAUGAUGUUUUGUCUAAUAAACAUUAUGUAAAAUGUAAA